GGGCACGGCCGGGACGGGGCGGCGGCGGAGUGCUGAGAGUGAAGCCCGGGGAUGCCGGUGCCCGCCCUGGGCGCGGGUCCCGAUCCCGGCAUGGAGGAGGAGGCGGCGUCGGGUGACGGCACGGAGCCCUGGUUGGCCAACAGCAACAACAACGCGGCGCCGGUGGGGUGGCCGUGCCGGCGGGGCGAGGAGCCCUCCUACCUGCAGCGUGUUCUGCUGGAGAUCGUGGAGUCGGAGCGCACCUACGCCCGCGACCUGCGUGGCAUCGUGGAGGGCUACCUGGGGAAGAUCAUCGAUGCCCAAGAGCCGCCGCUGCGGCCGGAGCAGGUCAGCGCGCUCUUUGGGAACAUCGAGGACAUCUAUGAGCUCAGCAGCAACCUGCUGCAGAGCCUGGAGAGCUGUGCCUGCGACCCGGUGGCCGUGGCUGUCUGCUUCGUGACGCGGAGCCAAGAGUUUGACAUCUACACGCAGUACUGCAACAACUACCCCAACUCGGUGGCGACGUUAAGCGAGUGCAUGAGGAGCAAGCAGCAGGCACGGUUUUUCCGUGAGUGCCAGGAGGAGAUGCGGCACGUGCUCCCGCUGGGUGCCUACCUGCUGAAGCCGGUGCAGAGGAUCCUCAAGUACCACCUGCUGCUCCAGGAGAUCGCCAAGCACUUCGAGCACAAGUCGGGCGACGACUACGAGGUGGUGGUGGAGGCCAUCGACACCAUGACCUGCGUGGCCUGGUACAUCAACGACAUGAAGCGCAAGCACGAGCACGCCAUCAGGCAGCAGGAGAUCCAGUCCUUGCUGCUGCAGUGGAAGGGCCCCGACCUCACCACCUAUGGAGAGCUGGUGCUGGAGGGCUCCUUCCGUGCGCAGCGUGCCCGCAGCGAGCGUGCCGUCUUCCUCUUCGACAAGCUGCUCCUCAUCACCAAACGCCGUGGGGACCACUAUGUCUACAAGAGCCACAUCCCAUGUGCCUCGCUGAUGCUGAUUGAGAGCACACGGGACUCGCUGUGCUUCAGCGUGGCACACUACAAGCACAUCAAGCAGCAGUACGCUCUGCAGGCUAAGAGCGCGGAGGAGAAGCGGGUAUGGACGCACCACAUCAAGAGGCUCAUCCUGGAGAACCACCACGCCAUCGUCCCGCAGAAGGCCAAGGAGGCCAUCCUGGAGAUGGACCUGUUCUACCCCCCACGCCUGCCCCGCUGCAGCCCUGAGCGCCUGCCCCGGAGCCACUCCUGCCAACCCUUAGAGCCACCACGCCACGGCCGGCGGCAGUCUGAGCCCUUCCAGUGCCGUGACCGUGCCGAGACGCUGCCGGACCGGCUGCAGGGACAUGUGGGGCGCAGGCAGUCGGAGCCCGCCAAGCAGAUCCUGCAGCAGCUGGGAGGGAUGAAGCACGCAGGCAGUGAGGGGACCCUCCUGGAUGCUGGGGAACCCCUCCAGCCCCCUAGGAGCUGGGCGGAGGGUGUCGUGGAGGAGGAAGAGGAGGAAGAAGAGGAGGCUUUGCACAAGGACAGCCACGAGGAUGGGGACAGGGACAAGAAUGGGGACGUGGCAGAGAAGCCCCAGGAGAAGCAGGAGACCCACGAGUGGCACCAAGAGGCCGCCGCCACCCCGGUGUCCCCCGCGUCCCCUCCAUGCCACGUGGAGCAUGAGGGGCUGGGGACCCCCGCUCCCCCCUCUCCAUCGGGGUCCCUCCCACCAGCGGGGCUGCCUGACGAAGAGGAGCAGCACCCGGAGACGGGCACCGGGGAGGACCCGCGGGCUCUGAGCAGCGAGGAGGAGGAGGAGGAAGAGGAGGAAGGCCACGGGGGUGGCAGCAUCCUGCCCCCCUCCGUGCUGGACCAGGCCAGCGUCAUCGCCGAGCGCUUUGGCAGCAGCAUGUCGCGCCGCGGCAGCGUGGUGCUGGACGGGCGCGGCGGCAGCGCCCUCAGCCUCGAUGGGGUGACCCCUCCGCAAGAAAACAUGGGGUCCUGCAGCCCCCUGCCCUCCCCGGGCUCCCCCCAGGGCUGCCGGCGCCGCUCGCUGCUCUCCACCCAGGACCGGCUGCUGCUGCGUAAGAUCCGCAGUUACUACGAGCACGCGGAGCACCAGGACGCCGCUUUCAGCAUCCGACGCCGCGAGAGCCUCUCCUACAUCCCCAAAGGACUGGUGAGGAACUCGGUGUCCAGGAUCAACAGCUGGCCUCCUCCGGAGCCGGGCAGCCCCAAAACACCCCCGGAGCCGGUGAGCCCCAAAGCCCUCUUGGAGCCAGAGAGCCCCAAAAGCUCCCCGGAACCGGGGAGCCCCAAAACGUCGCUGGAAGCGGCGAGCCCCCAAGUGUCGCCGGCGCCGGAUGGAGGAGCGUCACCACCCGUGUGCCGAGAGAACGGGCUGCCCGAGCCUCCCGCAGAGCCCCUGCUCAUCCUGGAGGAGGAAGAGGUGCCCCCCCCGGGGGUGCUGGCUGCAGGGGCCCCCCCCCGGCGUCUCACCAGCAGGGUGUACCAGUUGGCGCGCCAAUACAGCCUGCGCAUCAAGAGCCGACGCCGCGCCGUUGCUGCGCCGGGGGACGCCGCCUCUCACACCCCGGCACCAGGUGUACCAAAGCUGCCGGUGUCACCCAGGGACGGCGUCACCGUCCCAGCGCCACGCAGCCCGCCCAGCCCCAAUGGCGCUGCUGCCGAAGCCUUCUCCUGGCCGGAUGUCCGGGAGCUGCGUGCCCGUUUUGGAGCCCCACGGCCCCCACCGGUGACGCGCAGCCGCUCUGCGCCUGAGGGGCCGGAACGUGGGGGGAGACCAGCAGCCAAGGAGCAGCAGGGGGGGGGCCGCAGCCGCAGCGCCGAGGCGGGCACCGGGACCCCAAAUGUGCUGCGUGGCGAUGACCACCAGCACGCUGCUGCGGGGCUGUGGGUGACGGCGCAGGCGCCCCUGGGCCCCGGGGGGCAGAGGGUGCUGGUGUUGGAGCGGUUGCCCCCCGCCGUCGCCGCUGAGCCCCCAACCUACGUGCAGAUCCGCUCGCCCACCACCCGGGAGAAGAUCUGCCUGAAGGCGGUGGUGGAGCGCUGCAAGGCUUACCAGGCCUCCGAGGAGUACAGGCAGCGCUGCGCCCAUGGGCAGGCUGAGGCCCCCGAGCCCCCCCGGCACGGCCUCGUCAGGGACCUGAGGCAGAAGUUUCAGACCCUCGACGCUGCCAGCUAGGGGGAGGGGGGGGGGCGGCUGGGAGAUGGGGCACCCCAUGGACCACCGGGAGAUGGGGCAGCCUAUGGACCAGUGGGAGAUGGAGCACCCCACAGACCAGCAGAAGACGGACAUCCCGUGCGCCACCAGAAGACUGGAGGCCCCUUGUACCACCAGGAGAUGGGACAUCUCAUGGACAACCCCCCCCUUCAGCUCACUCAGGCCAAAGGGUACCCAGCUGAGAUGGGAGAAUCACACCCAGUGGACCCCAUGAAGGGGCACACAGUGGAACCCGGCUCGCUCAGGAGAUGGAGCACCCUAUGGACCACGGGGAAUUGGGAUGUCCCUCGACCACCAGGAGCUGGGACACCCCACUGACCACCAGCAGCAGUAGCAUUCCACGAACCUUUUGGUUCCCCAAGAUAAGGGCGACCUCAUGGACCAUCAGGAAAGGAAUCACCCCCUAGACCACCAAGACACGAAGGAGCCCGCGGUCCCCCACCCUGCUGCCCAGAAGGGCCCCCACAUUGCACAGCCCCGGGCCCGCCUCGCUUCGACAUCUUUAUUACAAAAAAAACCCAAACCAAA